AUUGAAAUUUUGCCCUAUGUCUUAGAAAAUGUGAAUAAUGACUAAUUAGGAUCUUACUUGGUAAGUGUUCAUUUGUAAUAUUGUUUUUGUUAUUAUUCUUUCGUUUAAUCACUGAUGUUAUUGAUGAUUGGUUCGAUAAUUGGGUCUUAUUUGUAUAUUGUUGUUGCAUUAUUUGGUAAUUUUAAUCUAGGUUUAUUGUUAUAAUUUUUAAUUGGGUUUGAUUGUAAAUUAAAAUUCUUGAUUGCUAGUAAAUUGGACUGUUUUCCAUAAAUUAAAAAAUGAGAAGUUAUUCUAUGGAGGAUAUCUUAGGUCAGAAUUCGAGUAUUUCUUGAAAGGACUCACUUAGCCAGGGGACCAUAAAACGAAAGAUUGCGUUAACAGAUUGUAAGAUUUAAUAUGCAUAAAUCCUAAGCUAGUUUUCUAUAUGUUAUAAUCGAGAAAAACAUGGCUUUGCACAUCUCGAGUUUCAGAAAUGAAUUUAUCUACAGUAGAACUGUGUUUUACCAUAUAUUGUUUGUUUUUCCAAAGCAGAUCUGUAUGUUGACGAUAUAGCUGCAAACUUCGCCCAGAGAGAACAAAUUCAUUGUUUCUGAUCUUUUGGCUAAUAGUACACAUUGAUUUAGACGACAUAUAUUUAAAUUCUUGAUUAUCAAAUUUUAUUUUAAAAAAUCAUUUGUUUUUUAAGGUAUUAUAACACAAUGUACACGUUUCAGUUGUCUUAUGUUUAAUAGUGAUUUUCGUAGAAUGGAUACGUAAAUACUCUCUAUAUCAUUUCUUUGGAAUUAAAUAUUAAUAAAUAAUUUCUUUAAAAGAAUUUCGUAGCAAAAUUUAAUGCAAAAUUCGGUGGUGUUUAUCAACUUGUUUCAUUGGUGUGUACAUUAACUGCAUCAUCAUCUCGAUCAGAUAUUUCUAUGGUUUGAUUUUAUAUUGGAUGUUUCAUUUCAGAAAACUCUUCAUAAGAACAAAAAUAUGCUGGUCGUGUUGUACAACAAUUUUCACCAAAAGAAAAAAUCGCACUUGAAAUUAUUAAAGAUCUUCGUUUAUUUGUUGGAGGAUCAUUACGUGAAUUUUCGAACCAUAAUUCACGUUUACCAAACAAACUUGUUUUUAGUUGA